AUGGCGGCCAAGACAGUCUGUGUCAUCGGAUAUGGCCCAUCCGGAGCAUGCGCAGCCAAGUACCUCAAUGCCGAGCUCGUCCAGGGCGCCGGCCACAUCGCGCUCAACCAGGGAUAUCACCGGUUCAAAGUGACAAUUUUCGAGACCCAGCCACGCCUAGGUGGCCUCUGGCCUAGCUCGCCCACCGACGCUGCGGGACAGGUGCACCCGUCGAUGCCGUGCAACCAAAGCCGGCACACGGUGCAAUUUUCUGACCUUGCCUGGGAGGACAACGCUCCAGAGUUCCCCCGCGCCCACGACGUCGGACGCUACCUCGCCAGGUACGCGGCCACGUACCUCCCGGAGCCGGCCGAGGCCGAAGGCAACACGCCCGAGGCGCUUUACAAGCGCGCGCAGGGGACCGUCGAGGUUCACAGGAACGCGAGGGUCGUGGGCGUGGAGCCGGUGGCGGUCCCGGCGGGAGGAAAGCCCGGCGAGGCUGGGUGGGACGUCAGGGUGGAGGGAGAGGGAUCGGCGCGCCGGUUUGACGCCGUCGUGGUCGCGUCGGGGUUCUUUGGGCGGCCCGAGAUCGGGCGGGUCGACGUUGGCGGUGCUGGGGUCCCCGUCGUCCCGGCUGGCCAAUACCGGGAUGUGGCGUCGCUGCUGGACGCCAAGGGCAAGACAUCGGGCGGCAAGGGCAAGACAUCGGGCGGCAAGGUCCUGGUGGUGGGCAGCCAAAUGUCGGCGUAUGAGGUCGCCGGCACCAUCGCCAGGGACUUGUCGUCGGCUGUGCAUUCGCCCGGCGGCGUCGGUGGUAUCGAGAACCCGGAGAGGUACCGCGUGUACCACGUGGCCAAGAGGCCAUCGUGGCUGUUUCCUCUCAUUGGCACGGCGACUCCCUCUCACCCACGUCCCCGCUUCCUGCCAGUCGAUCUCCCAGCGUACAACCUCUCGCGCAGGCAGCUGCCUUUGACCAACAAUCAGGGCAUUCUUUCCCAACAAAGGAUGCGAGAGGUCAAUUACACCUUCAGUGUCGUCCUAGGCGGCGAUCAAGGUGACGUCAGCCCUGACCUCAAGAUAACCGACAAGUUAGCGGAGGAAGCGCCGUAUCUCGCUAUGAGCGAUAGCUACCUCGAGUUCGUCCGCUCCGGGGACAUUGUUCACGUACCAGGAACUGUCACUCGCGUUUCAGACCGGUCAGCGUCGGUGGAAAACGCAGGAGAAGAGAUCAACAUUGACGACAUAGCCGCCGUCGUAUCCGCAACAGGCUGGUCUGUCAAAGACUCGCUCCAGUUCCUUCCACAGUCGAUCAAGGACGUUCUAGAAUUCGACGAGGCAGAUAACACACAUCCCCUCGUCCUCAAGUUCCACAACACACAUCACCCAGACGUGGCCAACCUGGGCUUCGUCGGUUUCUAUCGUUCGCCAUACUGGGGCGUCAUUGAGAUGCAGUCCCGCUUCCUCGCCAAAUAUCUCGGCCAGGACUUUAGACCACCAGCUGCCGCAAACCCCAACAUUACAACGUCCUCCGAGUCAGUUCUCGAGGCCGGUCAAGCCCAAGUCACCGUGCCCCCGCUCGCCAACAGCUUAAAAUCGGCGCUAGAAGCAGACGAUUGCAUGAAAAAGGAACGCGCGCUCCGCGUCCACCGCAAAGAGCACCCCGAGGCGGCCGCACAAUACCCCAUGGGCGACUACGCCUGGCUGAUGCAAGAAUUCGCUCGCGCCCUGGACAUAAACAUGACUCCUCCUCCCACAGCCACAGAACUUAUCCCUCCAGACGGCGACGAGCCCAUGAACAUUCUGACGCCCUCGCGAUACCCCUCCAAGGGCGCCUCAGGUCAGCAGCUGGACGAGAUGUCCAAGAACAUGGCCGCGACACGGCGGACCGUCAGUGCGGCUCUGAAGGAUGGGCGAUUCGUGGCACGCGCAAUCUUCCGCGGGCUGCAGGGCGAGUGGGCCAUGGACAGGGAAAUCACGAGCUUCAACGACCACUACGGCUUUGGCAGUGGGCACUAUGUGGGAACGGCAUACUUUUACCCACGCAAGGCGACUAAAAUCGGCCUGGACAAGGCCAUCGCCGAGGACCCGGCCGCCAUGGCACUGAUGCACGAGUAUCUGUACAAGGAGAAAGGAGAGUUCACACCUGUUGGGAGCAACCAGUCGUUCACAACUUGGCGGUAUUACGUCUACCGUUACAACGAGGCGACUGAUGAGAUAACGGUCUGGUUCGUUGACACCAAGGACCAAAAGUCGGUCGACUACUUUUUCCACAAGGUUGAGCUUGAGCAGAUCUCGACGCAGGGUGGCGAGGAAAACGGGUCAGACGAUGAGGAUGCCAUGGCGCGGUCCACCAAUAUGAGCGACAUGGACUCGGCGGCGGUCGCGAUACACGGCAUGAGUCUACCCAACGACGAUAUGCCGCACUGGAACGCCAAGGGCAAUCACUGGUGCCCGCCCGACCAGUACGACCUCGCGUACAGGUUCGAGUUCCGGGCUGUGCGAAUCCCCAGGUUCAAUAUUACCACGUAUGUCAAGGGGGAGAAGAAGGACUACCGAUCGAUUACAUGGUUUGCCCGCAAGACCCGUUCUGAGGAGCAGGAAUGA